AUGUUACAAGUUAUUGACAUUCAUACUAAUCAAAUCGAUAGUCCUAUCCCUCCCGAAUUGGGAAAUCUAAAGAGGCUGAUCCACCUAGAUCUCAGUUUCAAUGAGCUUUGUGGCACAAUCCCUCCAACUCUAGCGAAAUUGAGGAACUUGACUCAUCUCAAUUUGGAAUCAAACGCCUUCAAUGGAUCUAUUCCUCCACAAUUUGGAAAUUUAAAGAGUCUCGCUCAUCUAGAUUUGAGCUUUAACAACUUAUUUGGAAAAAUCCCUCAUGAACUUGAGAGUUUGCUCGCAUUAAGCCACCUCAGACUUGCGACGAAUACUCGUCACGGUUCAGUUCCCAAUUUCAAAAAGCUUUCCAAAUUGAAUUACAUUGACUUGUCGUACAAUCAUCUCACAGGAAAAAUUCCAAAUAAUCUGGCCCAUGUUCCUUAUGGAGCUUUCAUAGGCAAUGAAGGUUUGGAAAAGAUUGAUGGUUCCAGAAGAAUGUCUAGGGUUGUACUUAUGACAAUACUUAUACCAAUGACGGCUACACCGUUCAUUUUCUAUUUCGUUUUGGGGCCUUUGAUCAAAUUUGGGUGUAGAAUGAAGAGCCUGCAAUCAAAGACAGUGGAAAAAAGUGGAGAUUUCUUGUCAAUAUGGAAUUAUGAUGGGAGAAUUGCAUAUGAAGACAUAAUCAAUGCAACAGAAGACUUUGAUAUCAAAUAUUGCAUUGGAACCGGUGGAUACGGUAGUCUUUAUAGAGCAAGAUUGCCCAAUGGGAAAACCGUGGCAUUGAAAAAACUUCACCGUCUUGAAGCAGAAGACCCAUCUUUCGACAAGAGCUUCCGAAAUGAAGUGAAGCACUUGACAAAAGUACGGCAUAGAAGCAUAAUCAAGCUCCAUGGUUUUUGCUUACACAAGCGAUGCAUGUUCUUGGUUUAUGAGUACAUGGAAAGGGGGAGUCUAUUCUGUGCUUUGAGAGAUGACGUUGAAGCGGUGGAACUAGACUGGUCUAAAAGACUCGAGAUUAUCUGGGAUAUGGCACAUGCAUUGUCUUACCUGCACCAUGAUUGCGCUCGGCUAAUAGUUCAUCGAGACAUAUCUAGCAACAACAUUUUGCUCGAUAACAACAUGCAGGCUUUCCUAUCGGAUUUCGGCAAGGCAAGACUCCUAGAACAUAAUUUCUCAUCUAAUCUCACUGCAAAUGUCGGAGGCGCUCACGGAUAUAUGGCACCAGGUGAGCAGCAAUCGUCCAUAUUUUUAUGGAAUGUUAUUACUGGAGGGACAUAG